UAGGAAGGAGGAUGACACCUUCUGUUUAGGUAGGGCGGAUUGACCAAUAGGAAUGAAGGCGUUUCCAUCUUGGAUGGGUGUUAACGUUUUAAAAAGAUGAAUAUUUUAAAACGCCAAACAGGGAAUUUAAGUCGUCUGGUGUAAAAUGAACAAGAAAAAUACUCUAUUUAAUUACUUUUCUAAAUCUCCGUCGAUUAAUGGAAAAAAUAGUCCAAAAUCAUCUCCAAGAGUCGGUAAAACGCCUUCGAAAGGAUCUGCCGAUGGCACUCCAAAGAGAAAGAAAAUAAACAAUGUGAAAGAAUGUCCAUACAGUUUGUAUGCAAUAGUUUGGGCAAAAUUAGAAGGUUAUCCAUGGUGGCCAAGUUUAGUCUGUAAUCAUCCAAAGAGGGGCAUACAUCAUGAAUUUCGAAGGACAAGUUACGUGCACGUUCAGUUUUUUGAUGAUCCCCCAUCCAGAGCUUGGAUAAAAAUAAAGGAUUUAAAACCAUUUACUGGUCCAGAAGACAUAGAUAAUCCAAAAUUUAAAGACCCAGUAUGGAAGAAAGGUCUAGAAAGUGCUACGAAGGCAUUUAAUAUGCCAGCAGAAGAGAGAAAUCAGUUAGUAGUUUGCUUAGACACAUCAGAAGAAUCAGAAAUUGAAGAUUUGGAUAAAAGUGCAGAUGGUGUUGAACAUAUGGAUGAAGAUCAGAACGUUUCCCUAGAAAAUGGCCAUUCAGAUUCAGAACCAGCAAGGAAACGUCGAAGGUUAAUUUCUGAAUUUGAUGAUGAUGAUUCAGAAGAUGAAGAAUUCAAACCAGAAAAAGGUGAAAGUGACUCAGAAUCUGACAGCAGUGGAGUAGAUGAAAAUGAAAUUUCUGACGUUGAACCUCAGUCAGAAGAAAUAUCUCCAGUUAAAAAAGAAAAGCCUAGAAAUAAGAAAAGAACAAAAUCUAUAGCAAAAUCUGUACCUACAACACCAACUAGUUUGAAUAGAUCUCCAGUAAGCAGUGAUACUAAGACAAAAUUAAGCAUGUUUGCUUCCAGUGAUAGUUCUAAGAAUAGAAACAGAGAAAAUGGAGAAGAAAAAAUAUGGCCCCAUUUGAAGUUAGAUUGGUUGAAAAGUCAUCAAAGAAAAGAUAUUCAAGGACGAUCACCAUCAGAUCCCGAUUAUGAUCCUCGAACAUUAUUUAUUCCAGAAAGCUACAAGAAAACUCUCACUCCUGCUUUAAAGCAGUGGUGGGAGAUGAAAGCUCAUCAUUUUGAUACUAUUCUCUUUUUUAAGGUACAUAAAAAUAUAAUUUGUUACUAAUUCGAACAUUUUAGUUGUUUACUGCCUGUAAUAAAAUUUAUUUUUUUAAAAUGUAUAUUCUAGGGUGAAUUUGCUCAUGCUGGAUUUCCAGAAAUUUCGUAUGGCAGAUAUUCUGAUAUGCUUAUACGUAAGGGAUAUAAAGUUGCCCGUGUCGAGCAGACAGAAACGCCUCAGAUGAUGGAAGAGAGAUGCAAAAAUUUGUCCAAACCAUCUAAAUUUGACCGAGUUGUGAGUAGAGAGAUUUGUCGAAUUACAACUAAAGGAACAAGGACUUUCGGUUUUCAGGAAAGUGAUCCAGAGAAUAUCUGUAAUGCUUAUUUAUUAGCUUUAACUGAAAAGGAAUGUAAUGCAGCUUCUAGUUCCAGUGAAUAUGGCAUAUGUUUCAUUGAUACAUCCAUUGGAAAGUUUCAUAUUGGCCAAUUUGUUGAUGAUCGCAACUGUUCUCGCUUAAGAACUCUGAUGGCUCAUUAUCCACCUGCUCAGAUUCUUUCUGAAAAGGGAAUGAUUUCUCAAAAAACUCAACAAGUUUUAAAUAGUUGUGCAAAUUUGGCUUUAAGAGAAGUUCUUAAACCUGGUUCUGAAUUUUGGGAUUCUUCCAAAACAUUAAAAUUUUUAAAUGAAGGAAAGUAUUUUGUAGAUGAUAAAGGUGUUACAGUAUGGCCCGAAGCAGUUAAAAUUAUUAUCGAUAAAAGUGAUCCUCUAUAUCAGACGGCUAAUGAAAAAUAUGAACUCGGAUGUAAAGCAUUAGGUGCUUGUGUAUGGUAUUUGAAUGAAUGCUGCAUAGAAGAAGAUAUUUUGACUUUGAAAAAUUUUGAAAUUUAUACACCCAUUGAUGGUGACAUACCAGAAAAUAAAAUGUUAUCUGUAUCAAGACAACACAUGGUAUUAGAUGGUGUAACUUUGAAAAAUUUAGAAAUAUUAAGUAAUUCAAUGGGUACAACUGAAGGAACUUUAUUAGAAACUUUAGAUUGUUGUAGUACAAUGUUUGGAAAAAGACUUCUUUAUCAGUGGCUGUGUUCACCUUUAUACAAUCCAAAAAUUAUUUCUGAUCGAUUAAAUGCAAUUGAAGACCUACAAAAAGUACAGGAAAUAAUACCAGAUGCUGUGAAACUAUUGAGAAAAUUGCCAGAUUUAGAAAGAUUAUUGAAUAAAAUCCAUACACAAGGAUUGCGACGCAGAUCUGAUCACCCUGAUAGUAGAGCCAUACUUUUUGAAGCAGAGACUUAUGGUAAAAGGAAAAUUGCCGAUUUUCUUUCUGUCUUGGAAGGAUUUAAGACUUCAAUUGAAAUAAUGCAGUUAUUUGAAAAUCAUCGAAAUAAUUUUACAUCUUCGAUUCUUCAGCAAUGUGUGACACUCGAAACUGAAGGCGGACUUUUUCCACAGUUGAAGGAUAGGUUAUUAUAUUUUGAUAAUUCAUUUGAUCAUGAAAAAGCAAAAAGAGAUGGAAAGAUUAUUCCAAGCCAUGGUGUGGAUAAUGAAUAUGAUACAGCAAUGGAAGAAAUUGAAGAAACUAAAAGUGAAUUUGAUUCUUAUUUAAGAAUACAAAAAAAUAUAUUCAAUUGCAAGGUUACGUAUUUUGGUAGUGGUCGGAAUCGUUAUCAGUUAGAGGUUCCAGAAAAUGCAACCAAGUACGUAACUGAUGAAUAUGACUUACAGACACAGAGGAAAGGAUUCAAACGUUAUUGGACUCCGACAAUAAAAAGUUUAUUAGCAAAACUAAUAUCUGCCGAAGAACACAGAAAUGCAGCAUUAAAAGAUAUCAUGAGAAGAAUAUUCUCUGCCUUUGAUUCUGGGAGAAAGCAGUGGGAAGCUGCUGUUCAUUGCUUGUGUUUGUUAGAUGUAUUUAUAAGUCUUACUCAAUAUUCCAUAUCCUCUCAAGUUCCUCUGUGUAGACCAGAAUUUGUAAUCAAUGAAAAACCAUUUUUAGAAAUUAGAGAAGGUCGUCAUCCUGUACUUCUAAAAUAUUUCACAGGGGAUGAUUUUAUUCCUAAUGAUGUGUGCAUUGGAUUAUCUGAGUCAAAAGAAAAUGAGAAAAACGACCAAAAGUUGGUAUUAGUUACUGGUCCAAAUAUGGGAGGAAAGUCAACUCUUAUGAGACAAGUGGGGCUUAUAGUGAUUAUGGCCCAAAUUGGUUGUUACGUGCCUGCUGAGAAAUGCUAUUUGACACCCGUCGAUCAUAUUUUCACACGUUUGGGCGCCAGUGACAGAAUAACAUCAGGUGAAAGUACAUUUUAUGUAGAAUUAAGUGAAACAGCCAGUAUAUUACAACAUGCCACUAAAAAUUCUUUAGUAUUGCUUGAUGAAUUAGGAAGAGGAACAUCUACUUAUGAUGGAACAGGAAUUGCUUAUGCAGUUGUUCACCAAUUAGCGUCUUCAGUACAAUGUUGUACACUAUUUUCAACUCAUUAUCAUUGUCUUGUUGAUGAAUUUAUUGAUCAUUCAAAUGUAAAAUUGGGACAUAUGGCUUGUAUGGUAGAAAAUGAAAAUGAAGAUCCUACUCAGGAAACAAUUACAUUUUUAUAUAAAUUUGUGAGUGGUGCAUGUCCUAAAAGUUACGGGUUUAAUGCUGCUCAGUUAGCAGGAAUACCAGAUGAGAUAAUUAGAAAAGCCUACUACAAAGCCAAAGAGUUAGAAAAAAGUGUAUUAUUAAGAAAAUUGUUUAGGUUGUUGUUCUCUUGCAAAGACUUUUCUGAUGUUCAAAGAUUGAAAAAUGAAAUAGAAAAAUAUAAUUGCAGCUAGGAUUCUUGAGGUUUUAGUGUCCUUUGUUUUGAAAAUUGCUCACUUUGUUCAAAUUUACGCAUGUAGAAUCACAUCAUUUCGGAGCAAGAGAAAAGAAAAUAAAGUGGAAAAACAUGAAUAUUGUAAAAAUAUCUCAGGUAGAAAUAUUAUUAUUUUAAAUAUUCAUGUUUGUGAAAAUGGAAAGAAAUGGACUAGUUGUUCAUGUGCUGAACUCUACAAUUUUGUAUGUAUGUUUCAAAUAAUAAAA